AAUAUAAAUAACUUAUAUUCAUGUUGUAUAAGUUACCUAUAAUACAUGAAUUUAUAUAUUAAAAUAAGGAAAUAAAAAUUAAAAUAAUAAUUUUAUAAUAAUAGAAAACAGGAAAUUACAUAUUUAAUAUAUAUCCUUACAUAGGAAAUCAUAGUUUUGGAAUAUAUUUUAACCUCCACAGCGUGUUUUUUUUAUAUAUAGAACCGCUUCUAAUCAAUCUGACCAUUACAAAAGCGCGGCGUUUUAGGCUAAAGAAAAUGGUGCAAAUGAAGCCGUAUAUGGCUUUGUUGCUUGUUGAGCUUUCUUACGCAGGCAUGGCCCUGUUAUCUAAGGCUGCAGUUGCUGGUGGAAUAAGCCCUUCUGUGUUCGUGGUCUAUCGUCAGGCUUUAGCCUCCCUCGCCUUAGCUCCUUUCGCUUUCUUUCUUGAAAGUAAUGAGACCUCCCCCUUAUCAUACUAUCUGCUCUGCAAGAUCUUCCUACUUGCCUUGAUUGGGCUCACUCUAAGUUUAAAUCUCUACCUUGUUGGAAUCAACUAUACAACGGCCACAUUUGCCUCUGCAAUCCCCAACACUCUUCCUGCCACUACGUUCGUCUUGGCUGCUCUCUUAAGGAUGGAAAGCGUUUCCAUCAGACAUAUUUAUGGAAUUGCCAAAGUGUUGGGUUCUGUUGUAAGUGUUUCUGGGGCUUUAGUGUUUGCGUUAGUGAAGGGGCCUUCUCUUCCAAUCUUGCAUUGGCAUGCAAACACCCCACAUUCUUCAGGAAAACAUCCAUCUUUGGAAGAAUGGAUCAAAGGCGCUCUCAUCAUGAUUUCAGCCAACACAUUCUGUUCUUUGUGGCUUGUUUUGCAAGGUAUAAUUGUUAAGCAGUAUCCUGCAAAAAUACGUCUUACCACCCUCCAAUGCUUCUUCAGUUGCAUACAGUCAGCUAUUUGGGCUGCUGUGUCUGAAAGACAUAAUCCAUCUGCUUGGAAACUUGGAUGGAAUAUUGACCUUCUUUCUGUGGCCUAUUGUGGUGUGGUUGUAAAUGGCAUUACUUAUUUGCUGCAAGUUUGGGCUAUUGAGAAGAAGGGGCCAGUUUUCGCAGCAUUGUUCACACCAGUUGCUCUUAUUGUAACAGCAAUCUUCUCAGCAUUCUUUUUUAAAGAAAUCCUCUACUGGGGAAGUGUUGCUGGGGCUGUGUUGCUGGUUGUUGGUCUCUAUAGUGUGCUGUGGGGAAAGAACAAAGAAGCAAAAACAGUGACAAAUAAUGAAGAAAAUCCUGAAACCGAAGCUGAAACAACAACAAAGCCAUGAGGUUACCACAUUUUAAUACCGUUGGAUCUUGAUUAAUCAGCAAUCAGUUCACCGGAGUUGUAGAGAGAGGUAGAUAAAUAUUCCUAGUUUUUUUUUCUUAAUGUAGGAUUUAAUUUCUUGUUAAUAUGGCUUACGUGGGUUGAAAAUUCCCUUGACAUUUAUGAUUGAAUAUGCCGUUAUAUUAGAAAAACAAUUAGGCCUGGAUGUAAGAGAAGCCGAUUUGGUUUAAAAAAAUAAUAAUAAUAAUAAGGCAUGUGAAAAUUUCUAAAUUUAUUA